CUUUCAUCCAUUGGUUUUCAUCUCCCUCCCUCACUCCAGUUUCUGACCUUUCUCUUUCCCCAAGAAAACGAGCCAAAGGAAAAAAAAGAAGAAGAAGAAACAAACUCCAUUGAUCUGAACACUGCAACAACAAGUUUUGUUUUUCUGCCCAAUCCACUAGCUCCAUCUUCUUCACAACCUCACUCCACUUUUUUUUUUUUUUUUUUUCAUUUUGCAACAUUCUUCUCUUCUUUUAUUUUCCCUCUCUUUUCCGCCAUUUUUCAUCUUGGCACUUUCUUGUUUCAUCAAGGGUUUCACUUCUCCUUGCAUGACCAAAUCACCUGCCGCCACCAUUUUUACUCUAACCCUAUUCUGCAAGCUAAUCAAGGAAUCUAUGUGUGGUUACAAGCUAAUGACCUUAGGUUUCUGGCGUUUCUGGUGGGUGCAUUUUGGUUCUUCAGGAUAAAUGCUUGUCGCUGGGGAUCUAGGGUUUCAGAGCCUGGUCCUUACGGUGUGUUUGGUUUUUCCUAUUAUUGGGCUUUUUCUUCGUCACAAAUGGCAGCUUGGUAUGGCCAGAAAAGAAGAGAUCAACCGGCUUUUGAUGUUUGCGUCCGAGGAAGCUGCUAGGGUUGAACUUCAGGCUUCGUUUGGGUGCAUUCCUGCGCCGAUUUCUUUGAAUCAUCACUGUGCUCUUUGUCUCAGUCCCACCACGACACGUUGCGCUCGGUGUAAAGCUGUUCGAUACUGUUCUGGUAGAUGUCAAAUUAUUCAUUGGCGACAAGGACAUAAAAACGAAUGCCAACCACCGAAAACACUUGAUUGGUCUUUGGAGAAGGAAAAUGAUCCAAAGGACAAUUUAGAAAACCAAAACCACUCUGGAAGCUAUGACAAAAACUUUGAUACUGACAAUGGGGAGCAUGUAGAACCAGAUAAAAUCUUGUUUGCUAAACAUGCAUCACCAGACUCUGGAUACUCUAGUGUUCCAAGUCAAAACGAUAUUAGUGUGAAACUGCAUGCAGAUGAGGAGGAAAACUCAACGCCAAAAUUGCCUGAUACCACUUCAUAUGAAUUCCACACUUCCGCAUUAGACAUUGAAUCAUCUGAUGAUGCAUCUGUGAGUGAAAACAAUAGCGAGUCUGGUUCCCCAAGAUCAGAUGGAUAUUUGUCUGCUGAAAAUUCAUUUGACAUGGAUGGUGCUACAUCCAAAGUGUUGAAUGUUGAUCAUGAUCCAAACAAGCCAUUAUCUUCCAACAAUGCUCACUUGGUAAACUCUGUCGAUAUAUAUGCUAAACUGAAAACAGAAAGUCAACUGGUAUUCAAUAGGAUUGGUCCAGAAUAUAAUAUCCCUUUAAAGGCUGCUAAAGUUAGAAGUGUAGCUGGGAGUGGCGAAGUUACUCCUUCCAAUUCUGAAGAAAAUAAUGGAAAAUUUGUUGGAGCAAAAGGUGAUGUUCGUGAAGAUUCUGUCCCAUCCAAUAGUAAUGGUGCCAACAACAGAAACUUUUCUGAAGGUCACUCGUUGCUACACUUUUCAUUUAGCUUACCUGGAGUUACUUCUCAGUCCAAUGCACAAGUUGCUGAAGUAAAUGAACAUGUGGCAGAUGGUAAUCUUCCUACUACUUCGGGUAUGAACAGAACAGUUGAAUCUUCUUUGCUAUUAGAUAUCAAUACUGAAUCUUUAAAGGUUAGAAAUUCCCCAUCAAGUUGUAAAGGGUCCCAAGAUAAAGUUAACACCGCUAAGGGAUUGCCAAAUCACUGUGUAGUUAAUUCAGUGUCAUCUUCUUCCUCUUUUAUCAAUCCAUUUCCUGUUGCUUCUAAAUUUGAAUCAAGGAGUAUUCGUGAUUCAAAUAUUAGUAUGUCAAUACCCACGAAGUCUGAAAGGUUGGGCUCUGUUUUCAUUGAGCCUGGUACCACUUCAAGUAUUUCAAAGCAUAGUGGAAAUGGGUCUUUAGUGGAUGGUUCGAGUGUUCAUUUGCCUCCAAGUAAUGGAAGGGAACCAGUUCCUCCAACUGAUUCUAGAAAAAUUGGUACCACACAAGUUAGUGCUGGCGUUUCUUCUCUGGAUGCUAACUUUUCAUCCAAGUCGGCUUAUGGCUUUAGACCUUUUGCUCCCAAUGAGCUUAAAAGAUCUAAAUCACAUCGCGGUUAUGUAGCUAAUGGCGGUGGGAAUGCUGGGAAGUGCAAUAAUAAGGAAGACUCUCUGUAUGAGCUUUUUGUCAAUUUAUAUAAUUGGAAUAAAGUGGAGCUCCAACCAUCUGGCCUUGUCAACUGCGGAAACAGCUGUUAUGCAAAUGUUGUACUCCAGUGUUUGACAUUCACUCCUCCUUUGACCGCCUAUUUUCUUCAGGGACUGCAUUCUAAAGCAUGUGCAAAGGAGAGAUGGUGUUUUACCUGUGAGUUUGAAAGUCUAAUACUCGAGGCAAAAGAAGGCAAAUCUCCACUAUCUCCUUUCAGAAUAAUUUCUCAACUUAGAAAAAUUGGAAGUCAACUUGUUAACGGGAAAGAGGAGGAUGCACACGAGUUUUUGAGGUGUGCUAUUGACACAAUGCAAUCUAUUUGCUUUAUGGAAGCUCAAGCAAGUCGAUCAGGCCCUGUAGAAGAGGAAACAACUCUGAUAGGCCUUACAUUUGGAGGCUACCUUCUAUCAAAGAUCAAAUGCACAAGGUGUGAGAACAAGUCUGAACGAAUUGAAAGGAUUUUAGAUCUUACUGUUGAGAUAAGUGGGGAUAUUGAAACAAUCGAAGAGGCUCUUCAACAAUAUACAAGCCCUGAGAUUUUAGACGGGGACAAUAGAUACCAUUGUACCAGAUGCAAUUCUUACGUGAAAGCCAGAAAAAGGUUGUCAAUAUUGGAGGCUCCCAACAUCCUGACCAUUGCAUUAAAACGUUUCCAGUCAGGAAAAUUUGGGAAGCUCAAUAAGCCGGUUAUUUUUUCGGAAAUCCUAGAUCUGGCACCCUAUAUGAGUAGCAGAAGUGAUAAGUCGCCUGUAUACAGGCUUUAUGGAGUGAUUGUUCAUUUGGAUGUCAUGAAUGCCGCAUUUUCCGGUCACUACGUGUGCUAUAUCAGGAAUAAUCAAAACAAGUGGUUCAAGGUUGAUGACAGCACGGUAACAGCUAUGGAUGUCAAAAAUGUACUAACAAGAGGAGCAUACAUGCUCUUUUAUGCAAGAUGCUCACCUAGGGCCCCAAGGUUGAUAAGAAACAAAAUUACGACUGAUUCCAGAAACCGAUUGAUUUCAUCUUUGAUAAAUGGGACGAGUAGCUCAUCUAAAUCAAGCCCCAACUCCACAUAUCCCGAUUCCCAGAACCUAAAUAUGAACAACAAUUCAUCAAAUGAUCCUUCAAAUAUCAGUUCUUUUUAUCGAAAAUUCCACCAGCUUCAGAAGCUUUUGGAAGAGGACUUAACCAGCGAUAGCUCCUCACUUUUCAGUAGCCACUCUGAUGAAAGUUCAUGCGGUACCAACAGCAGCAGUGACUCUACGAGCACUGAUGACUUACCUGAGUACUUUUACAGCAGCGAUUCUGGAUGCGGUUGGAAUGGUUUACAAACUCCUGACAUAGAUGCUUCUUUACCAUCAUCGUCUUCAUCCUCCCCACUAUUGCAUCCGGGUGAUUUGAGGCGAUGUGGCGCAGUGGGUGCUAAAACAACUGAGCAACCUCAACCCAAUUAUACAAAUGGAAUCAGUAAUCUGUCAAGUAGGCGAGAAUGUAACGGUAGGGAGAAAACCACAUGUUUGAAGGAGGGUAAAGAUGGUGUUUGGUUACACUCUGACCCUAGCAGACAGUGUAGCAAUGUAAUGAGUAAUGGGUAGUAGUUGUAGAAGGGAAAGGUUAAAAAAAAAAAAGAAAAAGAAAAAAAGGGUAAAUAUUUGAUUAUGAAAAUGUAUACUGAGUCCAGAGGGUGAGUAAAUAAGAGCUUUAACAUGGGAGAGGAAAUGUACUUAGAAAAUGAUUAGAGAGCUGAUUCUUUUUGUUUUGAAAAGGGUUAGCUGUUAAUAUUUUGUAACUCACGUUUCAUAUUAUUAUUGUUAUUAUUCGUUACGGCUGUUAAA